ACGGUUGUGGGGUAGAAAGGACAGUUGAGGGUCAAACAAGAUGCUGCUCAGGUUCCGGAUUGGCUCUGUGAGGGUGGAGUGUGCAUCCUGGGACGGUGGUGCUGUCAGUGCCUGAGGGUGUGGCGACGCUGACGGGAGCCAAUCAAAAUCUAAUUGUUUUGACCGGUAAAAGUUUUCCGUGUGGUUGUCACUUUAGAAGGAAAGUUGUGUCAAGAUUUUAAUAUAGAGCAAAGCUAUCGAUAAACGUGUGAUAUUGUAAUGUGGUGAUAGAAGCCCUCCUUCCCUGCAGUCGUUUCCCCUGUUUACCACAAAUCCAUUCACAUUGAUCCUGGCUUCUGAUUGAUGACAAAGGUGAGGUAGAGAAUCUGAACCCAUGUGCCCUGGAUUGUACUGUGGAAAAUCCAUAACCAAUAGGAAUGGAAGUCAACUGCAGUACGGAGAAUGUGGGGUCUGCCCAAGAGGGGAAAGAACAAAUAACAGCAAGAUUUGUGAUAAAUGUAAUGAAUCACCAGACCUCUAUGACUGGCUUUAUUUGGGCUUCAUGGCAAUGCUGCCUCUGGUUUUGCACUGGUUUUUUAUUGAAUGGUAUUCAGGCAAAAAGAGUUCUAGUGCAUUUUUUCAGCAUGUGACUGCAUUAUUGGAGUGCAGUGCUGCUGCUAUUGUUACAUUGCUGGUGAAUGAUCCAGUUGGAGAGCUGAAAAUUCGAUCCUGCCGUGUGAAGAUGCUGUCAGACUGGUACACAAUGCUUUACAAUCCCAGUCCAGAUUAUAUCAACACAUUGCAUUGCACUCAGGAAGCAGUAUUUCCUUUAUACACAAUCGUGUUCAUAUACUAUGCUUUUUGCUUGGUUUUUAUGAUGUUGCUUCGUCCACUGCUGGUUAAGAAGAUUGCUUGUGGUCUCGGGAAGUCUGACCGAUUUAAAAGUAUUUAUGCAGCCCUUUACUUUUUCCCCAUUCUUACAGUGCUUCAGGCAGUUGGUGGCGGCUUGCUUUAUUAUGCCUUUCCGUAUAUAAUCCUAGUCUUGUCCCUGGUUACUUUGGCAGUCUACAUGUCUGCUUCAGAAAUACAGACAUACAAGGAUCUGUUCACCAAAAAGAAGAGGUUGGUUGUCCUGUUCAGCCACUGGAUCCUGCAUGCCUAUGGAAUCAUCUCCAUCUCCAGACUCGAUAAACUAGACCAAGAUCUGCCCUUGUUAGCUUUAGUGCCAACUCCAGCACUUUUCUACCUGCUGACUGCUAAAUAUACGGAGCCUUCACGGAUUCUGUCAGAAGGUGGAAAUGGACAUUAAAUAAUUCAAAAAUAGUGAACAAACAUUGAACAAAGUUUUUGUUUAAAAAGUUUCAGCUUGAUCGGAAUGAUUUUUCGGUGCUUGUUGUGCUGGAAGGGAAAAUGUUGUGAGUACAUUUUUUUCUUUAUAUUCACGAGUUGUGCUGUCCAUGUGGUUCAAACAAAAUGACAUGAAAAAUGGAUAAAAUUGAAAGUUUUUAUUGAAACAUCACCAUUCCUGAAAAUAAGUGGAAAUUGCUGCAAUCUUAGUUGUCACCUUAUCGUUGCUAGAAAUGUGAAUAAUGUUAGUUUUGUCGUUGUUUACCUGUGAAGAAAAAAAGAGGUAAAAGAUUAAAAUAUGCUUUUGUUCUAAUCUUG